CUGAAAGCAAGACUGCAGCAUCUCCGAGUCCGAGCCUCCAGAAACAUCGCAUCUCCGUCAAGCGCUCGUGCGGCGCUUCAACACACCAUCCAAGCUCCAUCCGCAGGGUUCAUCCACCUGCAUGCGGGAUCCGCUUUCUUUCCGUUUCGCCUCUUGUACAUUUCCUCGUGCUAUUUAUUAUUCGCGCAUCUUCCCAGCGUUUAGCAGUGAGAGUUCUUGCUGACCGCUGAGGUCAUAUAUUGUUUUCCAGCAGGAGAGCGCCAUCGCAGAGCCGCAAAACGAGGACGAUUCCCACAUCACUUGUUAUUAAUAUCAGUCCAGCCUCGAGCCUCUGGAUAUUUAUGCGUCUUUCGUUCUGUAUCUAGCGCUGCUACGGAGGAUCGACGCACCCCAAAAAACCUUCAUAUCAUCGUGGUUUCACAUUUAGAGUACAGCAUAUCUGCGUAUUGUUUGUAAGGGAGACGAGAUCGAGCCUAAAGCUUCUUUAUAAAAAAUGAUGGCCGGUGGGGCAGUGCAGCAAAACGGGAUUUUCUCCAAUCCACAUCAUCACAAUCAACAGCCGCACAUGGAGUCUGAUCCCCCCGAUUCCCGCAAAAGACCCCUGGAGACCCCGACGGAGGCCAGCAGCACCAAGCGCACAAACACAGGAGACAGAUGCAACCAAGCGGCCAUCCAUGAUCCACCAUUUUCAUCAGAUAUUGUCGGAUUUCACGAGGAAGGCGAAUAUUUCCUGAAGGUGCUGAUUCCAAGCUACGCCGCCGGCUCCAUUAUUGGCAAGGGUGGUCAGACUAUCGUCCAGCUACAGAAAGAGACAGGGGCCACCAUCAAGCUCUCCAAAUCCAAAGACUUCUACCCGGGAACAACAGAGCGCGUGUGCUUGAUCCAGGGCACCGUAGAGGCCCUGAACAAUGUCCACGACUUCAUUGCAGAGAAGGUGCGCGAGAUGCCGCAGAGUGCUCAGAAAACAGAGCCAGUUAGCAUUCUUCAACCACAGACUACCGUCAACCCUGACCGUGUCAAACAGGCCAAGCUGAUAGUUCCGAACAGCACGGCAGGACUGAUCAUUGGCAAGGGUGGAGCCACGGUGAAGGCUGUCAUGGAACAGUCUGGUGCCUGGGUCCAGCUUUCACAAAAACCUGAUGGCAUCAACCUGCAGGAACGUGUCGUUACCAUCAGCGGGGAGCCUGAGCAAAACCGCAAAGCUGUAGAGAUCAUUGUCCAGAAGAUUCAGGAGGAUCCACAAAGCAGCAGCUGUCUGAACAUCAGCUACUCCAACAUCUCUGGCCCAGUGGCCAACUCUAACCCCACUGGAUCCCCGUACGCCAACUCAGCAGAGGUGAUGCCAGCUGCGGCCGCAGCAGCAGCAGCCACAGCCUCCAGUCUCCUGGGGCAGGCCAGUCUGGCUGGAGUGGGUGCUUUCCCCACCACCAUGUCCAGCUUCUCAGGGAAUGACCUGCUGGCUAUCACGUCCGCACUGAACACGUUAGCCAGCUACGGAUACAAUACCAACUCCCUGGGUCUUGGGCUCAACCCUGCGGCUGCCUCAGGAGUCCUUGCUGCUGUAGCCGCAAGCGCUAAUCCUGCUGCAGCUGCGGCCGCUAACCUGCUAGCCUCCUACGCCAACGACGCAUCCACUAGUGCUGGCCACCCAGCGACCAGUCUGGGAGGCUUCACGCUAGGCUCCCUCGCUGCCGCCACUGGAGCCACCAACGGUUACCUGAGCGCCGCUUCCCCGCUGGUGGCCAGCUCCCUACUGGCCACAGAGAAGCUGGCCGAAGGGGCCAAAGAUGUGGUGGAGAUUGCAGUGCCCGAGAACUUGGUAGGCGCCAUCUUGGGGAAAGGAGGCAAAACGCUUGUGGAGUACCAAGAACUGACGGGAGCCCGCAUUCAGAUCUCCAAAAAGGGAGAGUUCGUUCCUGGCACCAGAAACCGUAAGGUCACGAUUACCGGAUCGCCAGCCGCCACACAGGCAGCCCAAUAUCUUAUCAGCCAGCGAAUCACAUACGAGCAGGGUGUGAGGGCCACCAAUCCGCAGAAGGUGGGCUAAACACAGGGAGUAUGAAAAAAAGGAGAGAGAAAGAGUGGGGGAUGGGGAAGAUACAGAGAAAGAUUGAGGGCGACGGAAAUAAACCACAUUCUUUGUGGGAAAAUCUCAGUAUUAAAAAAAUAUGGAAAAAAAAUCCUCUCAAAGUGGAAAAUUUGAAAAAGAAAAUGUGUAAAAUGUAAAUAUGGGUUUAUUUCUUACGUUUUUGGAUUUUUUUAUUGGUUGAUUUUGCUUUUGGUUUUUCUUUUGGGUUUUUUGUGCAUUUUUCUGGACAGCAGUGAAUGGCAUUUCAACCUGGCAUGCUGCCGCGCUGCAGUUCCCAGCAGGUGGGCAAGGUGGUCGGAUGGGGGACAUUGGGGUAGAGCAAACCCAGGAAUCGGCCCUUUCCCCACCCCCAUCCCCUCCUAGCUGACAGAUUCUUGUUCUUUAUAUUUUAUUUCUUAGUCUAACUCCCACCCUUUCGCCCGUGCCCUCUCUUUAGAAGGGUCUGAGACUGAAUAUAUAUACAUAUAUAUCCCCCUAGCCUGUGAAACCCCAUACCCCACCCCAGCCCCCCUCGUCCCAGCCCUAAUGGUCCCAGCCACCCAGGGCAAGGGAUUCGAGGCUGCUGCAGGGUCUCUCAGCGCCACUAGACAUUGACCUGGGGUUCCAGUUUGACCAGGUGCAUGCCACUUCAAAUGUUGUUAGCAUAAGGGAAGCUUGUAGAUCAUGUUGCGGACAUAGGCCAGGAUGCAAAAGGCACCUGAAUCUUUCGUACCAGAGCUCCUAGAGAUUGUGGCAUUUCUCUAAGGGAUUUGAGGUCUGGUGUUUCUACAAAUACUAUUAUCAUUAUUAUUACUACUACUAUUAUUAUUAUUACAAAAUAUCAUCACCAUCAACUUUAUUUAUUAAUAUGAUUUCACCCAUAAGGACUGAAGUAUUUCCUUUGUUUUGUUUUUUCUUAAUCUGUGAAUUCAGGUUGACAUGAAUGUAAAGACAAUAUUUUGGAUUUAGUUUUUUAUUUAAGUAGAUCGAAUCGUGUGUCCAUGUAAUAUAUGUCUUAUUUAACGUCCAGUGAUAACUGCACCGUCGGCACCAACAGAAAGAAUAGGGGCAGAUGUACUGUACAGUGAUAUAAAAAACAACACACACACACAAACACUCAGCAAACUAUUACCAGAUUUAAAUGCUGAAAAUGCAACGAAGCAAACACAAACUUGAAAUCACAGUGGGACUAGACAAUUUAUUCACAUAUCUACUGAACGAGAAUGUAGGUCUUUGCACAAGUCCAAGAGAGUGUAUCAGAAUACGACUUUGUAUGAAAGCCAAUCCUUUUCUAUAACGUCCCAAAACAUCUCUCCCCCAGCUUUACUCUACGCUGCCCUUCUGCAGUGGGAGACAUUGUGCACUUUGAGCCACUGCAGUUGAAUAUCUGCGCAAAUCUGCUGGAAAAUUUGCAGAGAUAUUCCCUAUCAAAUCAGAAACUGGCCCUCAGAGCUCUGAGGCGUUUCAUGAACACAUACUACUGAACUACUAUGAACAAAUUCUGACCAGCACAGGUUGAUUACUAACAUGGCCUGUCCUGGAAAUUGCAGGCUGUCUGCUCUGUUGUGGCUAGAGAAAACAUUUUUAUGUGGUGAAUAUUUUCAUAAUUGCCACAUUUUUUUAAAACUGUACCGUUCAAUUUCUGGUCGUAUUAUUCUAAACAGGCUGCCCAUGUGAAAAAUCACCCUGUGCAGAUCAGAACUACCCAAGUGCGACGUAUGUGCUGCUAAUAAGGUCCUGUUUGCUUUUUGUUUUAAAUCUGAGUACACUGAAUUUCGUCUUAAUGCACUGUGAAGUGUGGAGGCCGUGAUGAAAGGCCAAAAAAAGUCAGGGUUUCUAUAUUGUUAUUGCAUCGAUGCAUCACCAUGAUGGAAUGUACUCAUGUGCAACGUCUCAUAUUUAUAACAACCUCCAUGGAGUCAAUGUGUCGCUUACUGUAGGGUGGAAAGGAAGCCUGGACGGUCCUGUCAGGUUGAGAUCAGACUCUGAGCAGUUUGGUUUGCCAGUAUCCAACUUUAACUAAUCCAACUAACCGCCAGCCAACCGUGCGUAUUUAUCGUGAAGGGGCAGAGGAUGGUAUAGUCUGUACGUUUAAACUUAGCAUGUCCUCCAAAACGAUUAUGUGUUAAUACAGCGUUGAUUCUGAGUUAGUUAAAAAUACCAAAUGCAUCAGGACUUAAUCAAAACCACUUAGCAAAGAGAGAAUGACCCAAAGAAUCAGACCAACAGAGAAAGACAGAGUUUGUGCUCUCUCUCCCCUUGACUAAAGUAAUGAUUCUUUCCCCUACUUUUCUAUCGGAGCACCAGGGAGAGUAAAUCUGAACCAAUUGGUAAGGAGGCUUCUUUAUUCUCAUCUAAAAACCAUCACCUACCCUCACCUCUUCUCAACCCCUUUUUUACCUUCGUGCACCUCAUUCUGACACAUCAACCCAGAGACCCCCUUUUUCUCUCACAUCUCUCCAUGGGUGGCGAUGUCUGGUGUAACAGUGCAUGUCUGCUUGCCCUUUCACGAAACAAUGACGAGAGGUGCGCUCAGAGUAGAACUAGAAGCUUGCAGUAGCACAUCACACCUUCAAAAAGGGACUUGCUACAAGCCAUUGAUGUGUUUGUAUGAUGUGCAUGUGUGUAUAUAUAUAAAUAUAUAUGCUUAUAAAGGUUGAUAACGGUUGUGACCUAGGUGAAGAGGUCUAACAAGCGGCGAUGACUCUUAAAAGCUGCACAUUUUGAGGUGCAAUGAGGGUUUCUUUUCAAAUGAAAUGAUACGAUAGUUCAGAUUUGAGGAUCAGCGAUGGCAAUCGAGCGCCUCCGCAUUUUAAAGUGCAUCUGUGCGUUUGGUUUUACCCAUGAUGCAGUAUUUCAUCAGACACUUCAGAGCUUGAACAAGUGGGAAACAGUCUCGGUAGAUCCCCCAUAUAAGAUUUAUGUUAGAUCACCUUUCGAUUUUAGCAAGACACACAAAAAGCAAGAUGUUACUGUGACAAUUCAAUGUGAAAACUAUUAAAAGGUGCCAACAUAGUGUCAAGGAGCAGCUUUUGUUGUUUUGUUUUUGUAUUCAGUACUAAAAGUACAUAUGGGAGGGGGGGUUCUCUAUUUUUUUUCUAUUAGUAACUGGGAAAAUAGAUCAAAUGUGAUGAGUACUGAAAGCAAUAUACGUAGUAGCAUGUCGUCAUGUCUUGUCUUUUUAUUCUGUCCGUGUAGGAGCUUUGGAUUUACCUAGAUGUUGAGUAGAUUUGCAUAUACUAUUUUUUAAGUUGUGAAGAUGCUGCUAUUGAAUAAGUGAUGUACUAAAAUUUAAGAUAAAAAAACAUAUCUGGUCAGUCAUUUAGCAGGAUGUGGUAGUUGUAAGAGGUGUAACUAAAUGCUACAUUGAUAAUUGAAUAAUUGCUAUAUCAAUGGAUUAAAUGAAUAAACCUGUGCCAAACUAGAUCUUUAAAGAUUUAAAUGUGAUUUAAACAACAUUAGUUAAGAGCAGACAUACUUUUGUAAUUUACAAAAAAAAAAAAAAGAAAAAAUGUGAAAAGUGCCAAACAAGCCAGUUAAGAUAGCUGGGGUAAAGUGACUAGAGAAGCAAAAAAAUAAAUAAAAAAUAGACAUUAGCACUAUAAGGUUGAGAGUUUUCUGCCCCUCAAACUAACCACUCCCUGUUAAAACAAAGGGAGGGAUUCAUCUCAUUGGCCAAAUAAAAGCAGGGUGCCAUGUGGCCAUUAACACACAUCCCUGGGGCUAGAAGACUGCCGAGUUAUCUUAGCAUGGUUAACGUUUAUAAGUUAUCAGCAUUCUUAAGUCAGCCUUUUAUAGUUCUGAAGAUGUAUUUUGUGAAGAUAGAUGUUAUCUUUUUUGCACGUCGAUAUUGCAUGAUACCAAGUGAAGCGUGGAUUUCAAAAAAAAAAAAGAAAAAAAGUGAAGACAAAAAAAAAAACCAAUUAGGCAAUGUGCAUUCAUUUUGAGGACGAAACUUUGCAUGGCAACAACAGUCCGAGCUAUUAAAUGAGCUUUUUCACAUUUUUACCUUUUUACUUUUAGUUUUGCUAAGACCAAGCUGGAGUUUUGUUGUCCAUGAAACCUAGGCCACAGAAACCAAAACCAUUCAUAGUCAUGGUCAUAUUCAGCGUCAUGAUUCUAGCACUCAUUUUGUACAGACUUAUCAAUGUUUUGUGAUAAUUUGGAAGAGAAGUUGGGAAUGGAGGGUUAAUUUGCCGUCAUUAACAUUAAAACAUGGCCGUGAAUGUAUUCACCACUACAUAAGUUUGCAUAUCACUCUUUUGAUCAUGAUUUUAGGGCUUGUGUGUCAGUACUAACAUCAUUAGGCUUCUGUUCUUUAGCUUGUUCUGCCAUCACUGCACAUUAAGCUUGUCCCAUUCUCGUGAGAAUAUGCACUUUAUAUUUCUCUUCUGCUUCAAGCCACCCUAGCUACCAACAGCCCUGUUUUCCAACGAAAGCAAAUGCAAUGACACCGCUAAACUGCUUGAAUCCUUUACCUCAGAUCUCCAUGAAUAAAAGAGAGGGACGUCCUGAUAACUUCAUAAUGAAAUGAUGCGGCACUAAUGUUUGCAUGAGAAUGGAUUGGCCAGAAAUUCCAAACUGACCAACGAAUUGGAAAUGUCUUUUUUUUGACAGUCUUUUUUUGUUAUUAUUAAUGAUAAUAAGUGCCAAAAGGGGCAUGUCUGAAAUCAUGAAUAUUGUUUUUUUUUUUGUCCUCGCUCUCUAAUGAAAACUGCACUGUGCUUAUCCUGAUUCUUUUUUACGCAUAGAGCAACAUGCGUUUAGUCAUUCUGUGCCCAGGCUGCUGGGUUUGUUACAUGCACAGUCAAGUUGAGAUGAAUGCAAACUUAUGAUUUAGCUGAUGUCAAGAAGGUCAUUGCUUUUAUGUGGGCGCACGGCUAGAGCUUAUCGCUCUUCUAAAACCCCACACGCCCCCCCUGCCCCAGUCCAAGUCCACCCCCGAUAACCCGGGGUCACUCUUGAGCUCGUACCCCAUUGAAGCACCAGCAAUGUUAGAAUACAUUUGUCAUAUCACUGUUCUGUUCUUUUUUUAUUUUCCUGUUUUUAUUUGUAUGACACUCUCUAACCUAGACCAAGUAUAACAAAAAUGUCAUUCAUAUGUAUCCUGUUUACUCUCCCUUUUUCUCCCUUUUGCACUUUCACUGCUCCCCUUUUUUCCAACCACUCCCCACUCUUCUGCCGACCUCCCCCUCACACCCUCCCAGACUUUCUCCUGAGUGCCAAACAAAAACAGUACCAUUCCAAACUUUUUGAGUUCUCUUGUAUGUUGGACAUCCAUUGGACGCACCCAUGAACAAGCCAGCAUGUUUCUCCAUAACAUGAUGUCAGUCAUGACGCCUCAACAUUACCCAAAAAGCGAUCAGUAAAAGCAAGACCUGGAUUAACACGGUAAAAACACGGCUGGCUACCUCUCAUAAACUGCUUUUCCUAAUUCUCUGUCAUCUCUUCAACCUCCAGGACAUCACUGAUUGUGUGCCAUAAUGCUGGGGGCACUGUCACUCUCCUCACCCCAGAGUCUCUCCAUUUGAUUUUCUCGAUGGAAAACAUUUAAUGCAAGCAAAGAAAAAAAAAAAAUCCAUUUUAAAUGGCAGGUUUGUUCCUUUAACAUUAAAAAAACAUGCUGAGGAGUGUGUAAACGUCAGCCGCGCAGCCAUCUUCUGUCUUCUGAACUUUGAACUUCUCACCCCUCAUGAACUUUAUUGACCUUCUUCCUCCCCUUCUAUGUUCAUCAACUGUUUGGACUUAAAAUCUCCAUUCCAUCUCCAAACCUUUUUGAGACUGUGCAAUUCUAGUUGAGAUGAUUGGAUUUAUUUCUCUUUUUUAAGUCAUCAUUGGGGACGAACAAAUAAUAAACAAACAAAAAAAAAGACACGCAAAAAUAUCAAUAAGAUCCAAACUGUUUCCUCCACAAUUUCAUUAUUUUCUCUCAUUGUAAAUAUCUGUCAGAUUUGGUUGAACUGUAACCAGAGACGUGUUCAACGUUAAAGGGGCUGGCAGCAUAAAAUCGCUUUUGUGGAGCCGCCAUUAGGAAGUCGAGGUCAAUUUAAGCAGCUCCAUGAAAGACGUACUGUGUUAGAGAGUCACGUUUGCAGUACUGAGACCAUCAAAAUUUGGAUCCGGCCCCUCCAAAUAAUGCAUAAUCACUACUAACCUCUAAGUUAGACUAAGAUUAGCGUAGGUUUCAUACUUGAACUGAUGGUAAUUGCUAAUCUCAUUGUACAUAUCAAACGUGUCGAGUGUGAAUUGUGAUACGUGUCGAUUAGGUGUCUUUACCAUUACAGCAUCUGUUCAUGAGACAAAAAACAAAACAAAACAAAAAAAGUUUCUCUGUGAUGCCGAAAGGAUCAUUUUCAUGCGUCUCAACCAUGCUUGAGCUCCACAUCUAAUGUUUCUAUGCUGCCAGCUUUGUUUUCUGAUAACCCUUCAUGAGCUUAUUUAUUUUCAAACUACUAUACGUUAUUAAUAAAUGGCAUCAAGAAACUAGACAAAAGGGAAUGACUGGAAAGAUGAAUUACUGUUUUGUUUUUAGUAUUUUAGUGGUUUCUUUAACAUCAUCCAUUAACUGACUUUUAAAAAAAAGUAUUAAAUAUUUAAUGUAACUGUAGCAUUGUGUUUGUACAAAAAAUAGUGAGUUGUGUUUUUUGACUUGUGGAUUACCAGUGAAGUCAGCAAUUUAGUGCUAAUAUCUAUUAAGUCGUUCCUUUUAUUUUUCUCUUUUCUUUUAUAUUUAAGGGUUAUUAUUUCCGACAGCAACAGCAGUCAUUAUAAAUGUUCAUUUUACCAUCA